AUGAUGGACGGCCGCCUCCUGGAGCACCCGCACGCCCAGUUCGGGGGCUCGCUGGGCGGCGUGGUGGGUUUCCCCUACCCGCUGGGCCACCACCACGUGUACGAGCUGGCCGGCCACCAGCUGCAGUCGGCAGCCGCCGCCGCCGCCGCUGCCGCCGCCUCGGUGCCCUUCUCCAUCGACGGGCUGCUGAGCGGCUCGUGCGCCGCGGCCGCCGCCUCGGUGGUCAACCCCACGCCGCUGCUGCCCGCCGCCUGCGGGGUCGGCGGCGACAGCCAGCCCUUCAAGCUCUCAGACUCGGGGGACCCCGACAAGGAGAGCCCCGGCUGCAAGCGGCGACGCACCCGCACCAACUUCACGGGCUGGCAGCUGGAGGAGCUCGAGAAGGCUUUCAACGAGAGCCACUACCCGGACGUGUUCAUGCGCGAGGCGCUGGCGCUCCGCCUGGACCUGGUCGAGUCCCGAGUUCAGGUCUGGUUCCAAAACCGCCGAGCUAAGUGGAGGAAGAAAGAGAACACCAAGAAGGGCCCGGGGCGGCCGGCGCACAACUCGCACCCCACCACGUGCAGCGGCGAGCCCAUGGACCCCGAGGAGAUCGCACGCAAAGAACUGGAGAAGAUGGAAAAGAAGAAGCGAAAACAUGAAAAGAAACUGUUAAAGAGCCAGAGCCGCCACCUGCACUCGCCAGGCGGCUUGUCCCUGCACAGCGCGCCCAGCUCCGACAGCGACAGCGGCGGCGGAGGUCUGUCCCCAGAGCCGCCGGAGCCGCCGCCGCCUCCCGCCUCGGCGGUCAAGGGCCCCGGUGCGCACGGCUCUGGGGCUGUGGGUUCCUUGCCCGCACCUCCGGGCGAGCCGCCCGCACCGGGCACCUGCGAUCCAGCCUUCUUCCCGAGCCAAAGAAGCGGCACCGGCCCACAGGCGCGGUUAGGCCGCCCAGCGGACAAGGACGCGGCCUCGUUCGGGCCCGGAGCAGCGGCGACCGCCGUCCUGCCCAAGGCUAGCCCGUUCAGCGUGGAGAGCCUGCUCUCUGACUCGCCCCCGCGCCGGAAAGCCGCUCCAGCAAACGCGGCGGCCGCGGGGUUGGACUUUGCUCCGGGGCUGCCCUGCGCCCCUCGGACCCUGAUCGGCAAGGGCCACUUCUUGCUCUACCCCAUCACUCAGCCGCUCGGGUUCCUGGUGCCACAGGCCGCGCUCAAGGGCGGCGCAGGCCAAGAAUUGGUGCCCAAGGACGCGCCUCCCGCGCCCGCCGCCCCGCCGCCCGCACCCCCAGCGCAGGCCAGCUUCGGAGCCUUUCCCGGGGCUAGUGGUGUUGCAGACUCGGCCUUCGGGCGCUGCAGCCCGGAGGCCAUGGCCUCCCCGGGGACCUCGGCUCCCGCGCCUUUUAGGGACCUAGCCGCCGCCGCCGCAGUGACCGCCGAGAGCGCUGCCGGGGACUGCGUGGACGCGGGGACCACCUGCCCCGCGGCCCCGCCGGCCCCGCCGCUGGCGCCGUCACCUGGGCCGGGCCCUCGGGCUCCCAGCCCCGUAAGCGAGCCGGCCACCUGCGGCGCCACGGAGCCGGGCGCUGCGGCCGGACCGAGCCCGCCGGAGGUUGAAGAGGUGGACAUGGACUGAGGCGCUUAAGGCCAGCCGCGUGCCCGCUCGCUCUGGCUCCCAACGAAUCAGGUGAUCGGCUCUUAGAAACACUGCUUUUCACCCCUGCUUUUGUUUCCUUCCUGUUAUUAUUAUUUUUUUGAGGCAAAGCAAAAACGCUGUAUCGAUUGGGACCUAGACAGCAGUCGCAGGUCUUGGGAUGAAACCCCAAGAACCCACGACACACACACACACACCCCCCACAACGAGAAUCCUCAGCCUUGUAAAAUGCAAAAAUGUCUAAGAAUAUUUAUAUAUGUACCAUUUUUGAUAAAUAAAGCUGGUCAAAUGCAAA